AUGCCAGCUUGUUUUCCUGCUAAAACUGAUACUUAUGAAAGUGCAACUUCAGUGGCUACAGGAUGGGGUACAUUGUCUUCCGGUGGAAAUCUUGCUAUCUAUCACAUGGAAGUUGCAAUGCCAGUUUUGACUGAUGCUGAGUGUGUAAAGAAAUUCGGUGCAAAUAUGUUAAAUCCAACAACUCAAGUUUGUGCUGGUUACGAUGGCGAAAACAAAGAUACAUGCCAAGGUGAUUCAGGUGGUCCAUUAGUUGUUCAACAUGCUAAUGGUCGUUGGUAUAUAAUUGGUUUGACAUCAUGGGGUUAUGGAUGUGGUGAUGGUGGUGUUUACACCCGUACUUCAGCUUUUCGUGAUUGGGUUCUCGGUCAUGUUUCAACUUUACCAACUGAUGCUGAAUAA